AUGUCGUUGAAUGUGAAUAAACGAAAGUCUUUCACAAACACUAUUUGGGUUUUCGUACUUCUGAGGGGAUUUCAAUCACAUAGAAAAAUGUCGACAAUUACAUACAAAGAAGCUCUUGAACUUCUCCAAGCGCGUUGGCGAAUUGUGAACGUCGAGCAGCGAUUGAAGUCCGACAGAAAGAACUUGGUGGAUGAGAUAAUAACAUGCAUACAUGAAUAUAUUCCUUUCCAAAGUAUUUCAUUUCUCAGUAAAUCAAGAGAGGAGAGAAAUAUAAUGUUGACAAAUGAACAAAUCAAAGAAGCUUGCUUUGCUGGAGAAGGAGGUCUUUGUUAUGUGAUAGCCUGCUUUUGUUGGAUGUUGUUCGGUGCACUUGGCUUCUCUGUACGACUGAUCAGUUCAACUGUGACAUUUACAACUUUCUUCAAAGAUAAUCAUUCAGUCGUGUUAAUUGAUGGCUUGGAAUAUGAGAAUGAUAUUCACUUAGUUGAUUGUGGCUUAGGAUUACCAACUUUCCGUGCAAUAUCGUUGAAUUUCUCAGACGAGUCUCCCGUAUUUAACGACGGAUUUCUUGAGUACAAGUACAUUCGGCAUGAUGGAAAUCUGCGCAUGCACGGAAAGGGUGAUAUAUACAAACGGAACGGUCCACCAGUAGAAGGUCUUGAUUUCAUUAUUGAUCAUUGGCGUCGGUUUUAUUUCUUUGACCUUAAUAGAAAGUAUGAAAAUGUACUCCAACCUGUUCAAGUUGCAUGCAAAAUAGUUGCUUCUGGCUGUACUCACUUCACCUCCACUCCAGUAGCGAAUUGCUUUCCAAACAAACGCGCUGUCAUGAUGAUGAAAAACAUGUUGAUGAUGGAGAACGAAAAAGGCGAGCUAGUUACUACCAUUUUAGCAAAUGACGAAGAAAUCGUACAGGCAUAUAAUAAAUAUUUCCCAUUCAUCAAUGAAGAAAAAAUGAAACGUGCAUUGGAGGAAUGGCAUAGAGUAUCUGUUGACUCCAACUAAAUUAAUUUAAGGUCAGUUCAUAUAUGAGCAAAAGUAUACUGCAGUAGAGUAGGUGUGGUGUAAUUUCAACGAAGGCAAAAACGACAAUCAAGCCAGUCAUUCAUGGGCAUCCGAACAGGACCGAACUCAUUAACGGUGUGACGUCUUUUGCGAUAAGAACUGAAAAGCUGCCAUGAGCCGCUGGGUCGAGUAAUAAAAGGUGAAACGAGUCAUUAACUCAAUGAUUUAAACACGUUUCUUUAGAUUAUCGUAUGCAUAUAUCAUUGGAAGUCUGAGACAUAAGUAAAAGUAUAACUGAUCCAUGACAAAGUAAUACUUGCGUGUCUACAAAUACACAAAAUUGAUCUCGAAA